AUGGAGGGUCGCAUGCAGCGGCAUUGCUUGCACUUUGUGCCGAAAUGCAACCCUCGGGAGCCCCUCAGACAUGAGCGCAUCAAUAUCACUUUCAGGUGGGUGAGGGCACAUCGGUCGCGCUGCCCUCUGCGCCGCAGGAGCGCGUCAAAGCUGCACAGGGCUAUGCAGGAUUCCAAGGAUUGCAAGUCAGGCCCCCUACCACCCAUUUCGCGCUUAGUGGUCGAUGGCGGGUCGGACAGAGCUUCGUGA